AUGGCUAUCGAAGCUAGAAUCAAGAAAGGUGACAACGCGUUAAAGAACAAGGAUUACCUCGGAGCAAUCCAAGAAUUCACUGCUGCAAUUAAAGAAAACCCCGAAUCAUUUGCUCCAUUUCUUAAACGAUCAAGCGCGUAUCAAAAGUUGAGUAAUUAUGAAAAAGCCAAAGAAGAUAUUUCAACAGCUUUUACAAUUGCUAAUCAAAGAGGAAAGCGUACUGAAAUUGGAUUAUGUUAUUUCAGAUUAGGGUUGAUUUAUUAUUUGGAGAAAAAAUUCAAGAUGGCCUUAGGACAAUUCGAAAAGGCUACAGAAUAUGAUUGUCAAGAGAAGACAUUGGCUAUGUGGAAGAAUAAAGCAGAAUACGAUGUUAAGAAGCAUCCAGAAGAAGAAGAAGACGAUCUUGUUGGUGACUUGGAAAUAGAUGAUGAUUACAAUGAAACAGCUGCUGAAGAUCUUAAAACCCCCCAUUCCACACCAAUUAAUGUCCCUGAAGGAAAAUCAGCUCCACUAACAGUUCCAAAACCGAAAGUUGAUUUAAGUGAUAAACCAUCUACCAGUAUUGAUGUUAUUAAUAAAUUAGCUCCUUUGAAUAUUAAGAUUAGGGAAGAUUGGUAUCAAUCCAAUGACGAGGUUAUAAUUACAAUCUAUGCCAAGGGUGUUAAGGAAGAGAAAUUAAAGGUUGAUUUUGAAAAAAGGGCCGUUUCCAUAUCUUUCCCAAGUGGGUCGAAUUCAGAAUAUAAUUAUCAUUUAGAUCCUUUAUUUGAUGAAAUUGAUCCUGAACAAUCGAAAUAUAAGAUCUUUUCAACAAAAUUAGAAAUCCAAUUAAAGAAAAAAGAAGCAAAGAAAUGGUCGUCUUUAGAAGCUGAAUUGGAAGAAAUUGGAAACAAGCAAGAUCAAGACGAGUCUACUCCGGAAUACCCUUCCUCUUCAAAGAAGAAAGUCAACUGGAAUAAAUUCAAGGUUGAUGACGAUGAUAAUGAACCUAGCAGUACCAACAGUUUCUUUGAAAAGAUCUUUAAGGAUGUAGAUGAAGAUUCUAGAAGAGCUAUGAUGAAAUCAUAUGUUCAAUCUAAUGGUACUGUGUUGACAACAAACUGGGACGAAGCAAAGGAUAAAGAAUUUGAAACUCAGCCACCAGAUGGGAUGGUUGCUAAGAAAUGGAGACAGUAA